AAUGCUGGUCAGUGAGCCCAAAACCGGUUGGCCGUGAACAAAGAGUUCGCUGCCCGCCGAUGGACUCUUUUGCCCAGCACCAGCAUCUUCAUUCCCUUUUGUGGCCGAUUACAAGAGGACGAUGGUCAGAAUUGAUCUGCUGUUGCCUCGUCGUCCGAGUCGAUUGACUUUCAAUUUCAGCAGGAUCGCCAGGAUUAAAAUGUUCCGUUUGGCUCAUUGCGUCCGGUUGUUUCUCUGCGCUGUCGUCAUCAUCUCCGUCGCUUCCAUCCUCUUCAUCCAUCACGGCAACGAUUUAGACCAAGAAGAAAUCGACGCCAAAUUGAGGCAAUUUGCUCCGGGACAAAUUGGCGAAUUGUGCCGGGAGGACGGCGGAGGAGAAAAGCGGAUCAUUUUCAUCGAAACUUCCGGCGAAAAAUGUUUGAGACCCCGCCAGGCCUGCGCUGUCGAGUCGGCGGCCAGGACCAACCCGGACAUGAGCAUCUACCUGUACAUGGCGACGGAACGGCCUCCGGGCAAUCCGGAAGCCGAUAAAGGUGAAGGAUUACAGCGCGACUGCAAAACGAUGGAAGUGCUGGAAUCGCUGGCCAACGUCUACGUCAUGCGGAGUGACUUGCCCAAACAUUUGGUCGACACUCCGCUGGAGUCGCUCUACUUUGGCGGCAAAUUAAAAGGCAGCGACUACGCCUUCCAGCACCUGAGCGACGCCCUGCGGGUGGCCCUGCUCUACAAGCACGGAGGCAUCUACCUGGACCUGGACGUGGUGGUCCUGCGCUCUCUGCGCUGUUUGAGGAACACGGCCGGCCACACGUUCAUCCUGGGCGAGUCGUCGAUCGAAAACGGAUUCAUGGCCUUUGAUCGAGGCCACAAGCUCCUGAAAUUCUUUAUGCGCUGGAUGCAGCGGUCGUACAAGCCCAAUGAGCGGUCCGUCAUUGGUCCCAACGGGUUGAGCCGGGCCUUCCAGAUGCUGUGCAACCAUCCGUCCAAAGUCAUCAGCGAUUCCGUCUACGAUUUCAAGUGCCACGACGGUGUGGAGAUUCGAUUGCACAACAAGACGGCCUUCCACCCCAUCACCUAUUUCGAGCAGAAUCGAUUCUACGAGGAGAAUUUCGACGAGGAGGAACUGGACACGUUCAGUCAGAGUUAUUCGGUUCAUGUGUACGGGUCGGGACACGGGGCCCAUGUACCCCAAACGAGUCUCUUUGCUUUCAUGGCCAACCAGUUUUGCCCGUCGACCUAUCAGUUUCACUUGCAGGGUCUCUACGUUUUCUAAAUGUUUUUUUGGAUUUCUCCCAUUUCUAUAUGUAAAGCAUUCAAGUCUAUUUUAUAAAUAAAUCGUGUUAAUAU